CUCCUUUCCUGCCUUCUUCAAAUUGAAACCAUGGCGUUUCUCUUGCACCAUUGCAGGCUUUUCUUUCUUCUCUUUGCUUUUAAUCUCUGUCUCUGCUUCAUUCCUUCCACGGCAGCACUUCAGCGGUUCAAACACCCGGUGAAAGCCGACGGUUCUCUAAGCUUUUUGGUCGUCGGAGACUGGGGAAGAAGAGGACUCUACAACCAAUCUCAAGUUGCUCUUCAGAUGGGAGUGGUUGGUGAGAAAGUGGAGAUAGGGUUUGUGAUCUCCACGGGGGAUAACUUUUAUGAAGACGGAUUGACAGGUGUGCAUGAUCCCGCGUUUAAUGAGUCCUUCAUCAAUAUCUACACACCCCCAAGCUUGCACAAACAAUGGUACAACGUUUUGGGGAACCACGACUACAGGGGAGACGUAGAGGCACAGUUGAGUCCGAUCCUCACAAAAAUGGACAGCAGAUGGCUUUGCCGAAGAUCUUUUAUUGUGGACACUGAGUUUACAGAAUUUUUCUUCGUGGACACAACUCCAUUCGUGGAUGAGUAUUUUACAGACCCAGAGAACCACACGUACGACUGGAAAGGUGUGCUCCCGCGGGAGGAAUAUCUUUCCAAUCUCCUCAAGGACGUGGAUACAGCAUUAAGGGAUUCCACAGCAAAAUGGAAGAUUGUGGUGGGUCAUCAUACAAUCAAAAGUGCUGGACAUCAUGGGGUCACCAAAGAGCUUGAAGACCAUCUUCUCCCAAUCCUUGAGGCAAAUAAUGUGGACAUGUACAUAAAUGGGCAUGACCAUUGCUUGGAGCACAUUAGUAGCACAGAAAGCCAAAUCCAAUUUCUAACGAGCGGAGGUGGCUCCAAGGCAUGGAGAGGAGAUAUUGAGAAGUGGAAUCCAGAGGAAUUGAAGCUUUAUUAUGAUGGACAGGGGUUUAUGACAGUGCAAAUGACUCAAACCAAUGCAGAUAUUGUGUUUUAUGAUGUUUUUGGCAAUGUUUUGCACAAAUGGAGCAUGUCCAAAGACCAUGAUCUUGAUGCAUCCGCAUAGAGACAAAAUGUAUGCUAGAAUUGACAAAAUAGGCUUUAUGAGGAAGAUCAAAGCUUAAAUCCUCUGCCCAAGAGGAAAUUUUCAAGGCCAAUAUGUUAUAUAUGCUUAUGAAUUUGGGGAAGUUUGUAACAAAGAACCAAGGAAAAGUUGAGUGACAGGCUUGGUUGGGGCGAGGGGCAUUGAAGA